AUGAAAUUUCAAAGACAGCAGAACCUUCUAAGGCAGAAAAAAUAUCUGAAAACAGAGGAAGCUUCAAAGGAAGAGGAACCUCCUAAGACUGACAACCCUUCUAAGAGUGAUGAGGAUCUAAUUACAGAGGUACCUCCAAAGAAAGAAGAGCCAGCAAAGACAGGUGAAUCUUCAGAGGCAGGCCAACUUUCAAAGAAAGAUGAAAUUUCAAAGACAGGAGAACCUUCUAAGACAGAAGAACCUCUGAAAACACAGGAACCUCCAACAAAAGAGCAACCUCCUAAGACAGACAAACCAUCUAGGAGUGAGGAGCAUGUAAAUAUAGAGGUACCUACAAAGAAAGAAGAACCUCCUAAGAGAGAGGAGCCAUCAAAGACAGAUGAAUCUUCAGAGGCAGGCCAACUUUCAAAGAAAGAUGAAAUUUCAAAGACAGGAGAACCUUCUAAGACAGAAGAACCUCUGAAAACACAGGAACCUCCAACAAAAGAGCAACCUCCUAAGACAGACAAACCUUCUAAGAGUGAGGAGCAUCUAAAUACAGUGGAGCCUCCAAAGAGAGAAAAAGUUUUCAAGAGAGAGAAGCCAUCAAAGACAGAUGUAUCUUCAGAAGCAGGUCAACUUUCAAAGACAGUAGAACCUUCUAAGGCAGAAAAAUCUAUGAAAACAGAUGAAGCUUCAAAGGAAGAGGAACCCCAUAAGACAGACAAACCAUCUAGGAGUGAGGAGCAUGUAAAUAUAGAGGUACCUACAAAGAAAGAAGAACCUCCUAAGAGAGAGGAGCCAUCAAAGACGGAUAAAUCUUCAGAGGCAGGCCAACUUUCAAAGAAAGAUGAACUUUCAAAGACAGCAGAACCUUCUAAGACAGAAGAAUCUCUGAAAACAGAGGAAUCUCUGAAAACAGAGGAAUCACCAAAGAAAGAGGAACCUCCUGAGAGAGAUAAACCUUCUAAGAGUGAGGAGCAUCGAAAUACAGAGGAACCUCCAAAGAAAGAAGAACUUCCGAAGAGAAUGGAGCCACCAAAGACAGAUGAAUCUUCAGAGGCAGGCCAACUUUCAAAGAAAGAUGACAUUUCAAAGACAGGAGAACCUUCUAAGAAAGAAGAACCUCUGAAAACUCAGGAACCUCCAACAAAAGAGCAACCUCCUAAGACAGACAAACCUUCUAAGAGUGAGGAGCAUGUAAAUACAGAGGUACCUACAAAGAAAGAAGAACGUCCUAAGAGAGAGGAGCCAUCAAAGACGGAUGAAUCUUCAGAGGCAGGCCAACUUUCAAAGAAAGAUGAACUUUCAAAGACAGCAGAACCUUCUAAGACAGAAGAAUCUCUGAAAACAGAGGAAUCACCAAAGAAAGAGGAACCUCCUGAGAGAGAUAAACCUUCUAAGAGUGAGGAGCAUCGAAAUACAGAGGUACCUCAAAAGAAAGAAGAACUUCCGAAGAGAAUGGAGCCACCAAAGACAGAUGAAUCUUCAGAGGCAGGCCAACUUUCAAAGAAAGAUGAAAUUUCAAAGACAGGAGAACCUUCUAAGACAGAAGAACCUCUGAAAACUCAGGAACCUCCAACAAAAGAGCAACCUCCUAAGACAGACAAACCUUCUAAGAAGGAACCUCCAAAGAAAGAGGAACCUCCUAAGACAGACAAACCAUCUAAGAGUGAGGAGCAUAGCGAAAACAAAGAUGUUGAAACAGCAGGAGUCAAAGCUGAUCAAGAUAAAAUACAGGAUCUAUUUCACAGACUUAACCUUGAAGGCAGACGCCACAAUAAACUGAGAGCUGCAGAUGCUCUUCAGAUAACUGAACAUUCGUUACAGUCUCAUGAGUCUUGUGUUGAAGAGGAGCUGGUUCAGACUUUUAUUGAAAAAAUACUGAUGAUGGACUACAGAGCGAGAUUCAUCAGUGUUAAAGAGACAAAUGAACAGGAUCAACAGAGAGAUGCUUAUUCGUCUGAAGAUGAGGGUGAUUUGUUUGAAUGUGUUCUUCACAUUACUUCGUCAAACACAGUAACAGGCCAAUCUGAGCGAAUCCACCCGAUGGAUGUUCAGAUGGCUGUGUUUCUUUCUGCUGAUGGUUUCCUGAAGCAGCUGAUGGUGACUAAACUGUCCCAGUGUCAGUACGCUCUGCCUCUGCUUGUUCCUGAUCCAGUCACAAAACAGAUUGAGUUUCCUCUCUGGACAUUCAGACAAAUCAACAAGAGCUGGAAGAUGAGAAAAACCAACAAUGAAACCAUCAGUAAAUCCCAGCCGAUCUACAAGGCACAAACUCCAAUGGUGUUUUUCUUCAGGUUUGACUCUGUGUCUUCAUCCAAGUCUCAGCUGAUGAACAGUCUGAUCAAUGAGAAACACAACACGUUCUUCCACAGGAACUGUCCAGGCAGCAGCAGAACCAGAGUCCUGAUGGAUGGAGUGGUGGAGAUCGCCUGGUUCUGCCCCUCUGGGAAAAACACAGAUCAAUUCACUGACUGUGUUGCGUUCUGUAAUCUACACGGUGAUGCAGGAGACCAUGAGAAACAGCUGCAGAUGCUCACUGAAAUGGCAUCAGUCAAUGUUGUUCUUCUAGCAAAACUAGACAGGAAUGACAGAAGUGCAGCAAUGAUGAAUAACCUGUUUGGAAACAAAAAGCCACUCAUUUGUCUUUUUACGGAGGAUGAAUUUACUGUAAUGAAGAUGAAGAAAAAAAAAAUCAAAAUCGGUUUGAAAUACAGAAAUCAGUCAGAUGUGUCUGAAGAACUUAGAAGAACUAUAAAUGAGUGCCUCUCAGAAACAUCUACCAAUUUCAGACUUGAAGAUGUGUCCAAACACUCAGAUAUCAGAGUAGAUGAGGAAGAUGAUGACUGCAGGAGAGGAAGAGAAGCAGCACAACAGAUGUUGAGUUUACUGGAGAAGAAAGAUCUGACAGAAAUCAAAGAAUCAUUUCUGCCUCAUCAGGGGAAACUGUGGCAUCAAUGGAGUCAGAAGAACAAAGAACUACAUCGACCUCAAGGAGAAGAAAUAAAAAUGGAAAUAAGUGCAAAAGCAAUACAAAUGAAUAAAAUACGAGGAAAACAGCAUGAAUCUGACAUGAGUGAGUUUAUGAAGAUAUUUAUUAAAGAAAUGAGCUCACAUAAUGAACAUGGAAAGAUGUUUUUCCUCAAAUGGCUCAGAAUCCUGUUGGAUGAACAUACAUCAAGUGACCUUUCUGCUCUUCUUCACAAAUAUGAUAAAGCAUGGUCAGGAGUCUUGAAACUGAAAGACAGCAGUAAUAAAUCUGAACGACAUGAAGCUAAACAAACUGAACUUGAGAAGAUAUCUGAGGAGCUUCAAGCUGCAGCCUUUGGUUUGGAGCACAUCAUGAGGGAGAUCGGUCAGAUCUAUGAAUCAUGUUCAUCUGUGCAGGAGAACAAGAAAGAUCUGGAGGUUCCCUUCUCUUCUCUCCCGAGUCUUGCAGCAGAGAUGAUGAUCUCUGGAUUUCCUCUGGAGCUGAUGGAUGGAGAUGCUGCUCAUGUUCCUGUGAUCUGGAUCUCUGCUGUUCUAGAUGAACUCGUCCAGAAACUGGGAGACCAGCGAGUCUUUGUGCUGUCAGUUUUAGGGAUUCAGAGCUCCGGGAAAUCCACCAUGCUGAAUGCCAUGUUUGGACUUGAGUUUGCCGUCAGUGCUGGAAGAUGCACCAGAGGAGCUUUCAUGCAGCUGGUCAGAGUCUCAGAUGAGAUGAAAACACAGAUGAAGAUUGACUUCAUUCUGGUUGUUGAUACUGAGGGUCUUCGUGCUCUAAAACUGUCUGGAAGAUCAACAAGAGAUCAUGACAAUGAAUUGGCCACAUUCGUCAUUGGAAUUGGAAAUCUGACCUUGAUAAACAUCUUUGGAGAAAACCCGUCCGAGAUGCAGGACAUUCUUCAGAUUGUUGUUCAGGCCUUCAUGAGAAUGAAGAGGGUCAGGCUCAAUCCCAGCUGUGUGUUUGUGCAUCAGAACGUUUCAGACGUCACAGCUGAAGAGAAAAACAUGGAGGGAAGGAGACGACUGCAGGAGACACUGGAUGAGAUGACAAAACUCGCUGCUAAAGAUGAAGUCUGUGAUGCAGAAUGUUUCAGUGAUGUCAUUAGAUUUGAUGUUCAGAAAGAUGUGAAGUAUUUUGUUCAGCUCUGGGAGGGCAGCUCACUAAUGUCACCACCAAACCCAGACUACUGUGAGAACAUUCAAGAACUAAAGGAAUCUGUUAUUUCUCAUGCUGCAAAAUCUCAUGGAAUUAUGCUGAAAGACUUAACAGUUCGUGUUGAAGAUCUCUGGAAGGCUUUACUGAGUGAACGAUUUGUCUUCAGCUUCAGAAAUUCUCUGGAGAUUUCAGCCUACAGGAAACUGGAGACUGAAUACAGCAAGUGGUCCUGGAGGCUACGCAGUGCCAUGAUGGAAACUGAGAACAAACUACACAACCAAAUAGAAAAUGAAGUAAUUCAUGAGGUUGAGAGAAAAUAUCUUGAAACCCAACUGAAGAAGACAAGUGAAGAAGUAGAACAAUCAAUGUUUGAUUUAAUUGAAAAUGACAAAGAUAAAGACAUACUGAUUCAGUGGAAAACAUCAUUUAAAAUCAAAAUCGAAGAACUUCAGGAAAACAUUGUGAGGGACACAGAAAAGAAACUAAAUGAGGUUCUUAAACAGCGAGACUUGAAGAAAGAGAUUGAUGCUCAGAGGAAACAUCGUGAAGACACUCUCUAUGAAAAGAGCAAAGAACUUGCCUUAGAGCUCAAAUAUAAAAAUAACAAUGAAGAAACAUUGAAGAAAGAGUUUGAUUCCUUUUGGGAACACUGGAUAAAGGAGAUCAUCACAGACACCUCUCCGAUAAAAGAAAUUAACAUAAUGAGAGAUGUGAGAGAGAUCCUCAGGGACAUCUAUGGAAGUGUUAUAGAUCACUUGAGGGAGAGCAAUGACUACAAUAAAGUUGUCACUGUGCAGAGUUAUUCAGAAUAUGUACAGUUUAAAAAAAACAGUGGAUUUAAAGGACAGGUUAAACAUGCCUUCAACUCAGCUUUAUGUUUUGAUCCUUUAUCUAAUGAGGAUGAAACCCAGAUAAGAUCAUUUGUCACAGAUGUUGUUCAGCAAACAGACAAAGAGAUUCAGUCAUUUAACAUUUCAAAGAUGGGCUACAACAAAAGCUGCAUUCAACAACUCACAGGUUACAUCAAGGCAAGAAUAAUACAACAUGAGGAAGGAUGCCUGAAAUAUGUGUUGAAGAAUGAAUUCUUUAUGGAUUUGGUUCUUUCCAUCUGUGAGAGAGCAAACAAGAUGAUCACUGAAGAACACACAAUGUUUACAGAAGCCAAUAAUCCUGUCAUAUAUGUUCAGAAAAAGAGAAAAGAGUACUAUAGUAUUUUCCAGAAAUACUGUCAAGGAGCAACAUCAGCUGCUAUUUGUGGUGAGAUCAUCUGUCAGAAACUGAAAGAGCCCAUUGAGCAGAGUGUCUACAAGAAGACUGCUAGAGAUCUGGCAAAUGAAAUGAGAACAGAAUGUCCAUCACUGAAAGAAAACCGAUUAAAACUGGAGAAGCACAUCUUGGAGACACUGGCAGAAGAGGAGGACUUUGACAAAUACAUUAACUACAUUCAUAAUCCCAGAGAUCACUUCAAGAGUUUCAUUAGAGAUGAAGUCAAUCAAUAUAUCACUGCUAAGUUCAGUGACAGUGUUUUACCCAAAAUGAUGGAGAACACUGAACUCCUGCAGCAGAAGAUCAUGAAAGCAGCUCAUGACUCUAUUGAACAAGUUCAAGAAAAGAGAGGAGAUAAAUCCACUAAAUAUGUUCAAGAGAACAGAGGAGAUGUUGGUUUGUGGUUAAAGAGUUUCACACAGCAUCUCUCAGAUGAGCUGAUCUUCUCUGAAAAAGACCUCAGUGGAGUGAAAUAUGACGAUUUUGAUUUCAAACUCCUAGAAGAUGUGAUGAGAAAAGAACUUGAUCAUGUGAUCUUUAUUUGUGAAAGUAGUUUCAACACAAAUACUUUUAAUGAAAAGCUGGACCUAAAGUUCAGACCAGAUGAGCUUCUGUUUUCUCAUUUCUGUCAGUGCUGUUGGGUUCAGUGUCCGUUCUGUGGAGCUUUCUGCACCAGCACAAUAGACAACCAUCCUGGAGAUCACAGUGUCCCUUUCCACAGAGUGACUGGAAUUAAAGGAACUUCUUACUAUCAAACAGAUGAUCUCUGUGCUGAUUUCUGCACAACUUUAGUGACAAGUAGAAAACAAUUUCGUGUUUCAGAUAAGAGUUUUCCAUGCAGUGACUACAGAAGUGCAGGAGGAGUUUAUGCAGAGUGGGACAUCACUCCUGACCCUCAUGGACUGCCAUAUUGGAAGUGGUUUGUGUGCACAUUCCAGGGAAAACUGGAAAAUCAUUAUAAUAAAAAAUUCAAGGAUCAGGGCGAGAUUCCACCUGAAUGGGGAAUGAACGAAAAACAAGCUGCUAUUCAGAGUUUGAACAAAAUGAUUGUUACAAACUAA